GUAUGACAAAGUUAGUGACGUGCGCGGAAGUGAAAGCUCAGACUCUCACAGGGACGGAACGUGAGUAGCUAAAGAGACAUAAAAACCUACACACAGCUGUUAUACUUGGAUUUAGGUAUUAUUAUUAAUACGGACAGUGUAUUUGAGCAUCAACGCGUGUGGUGGAGGUGGUAGGUAGGACUUAUUGAGACUCAUGAGAUAGAAAAUACGACCCGUGUUUGUCAAAUACUGUAAACAAUAAGAUAUUAUUUUAUAUUUACUGAAAAAAAGCUUAUUUGGGUCUGCUAUGGAAACGGUUUUUUUCUUGUACAAUGGCUAUAAAUGUACUUUUGUUUAAUGGUGUAGGGACAAGCGCGAAUUAGUGAAAAUACCACUUCAUUUAUUGGUUUAUGAAUGAAAAACACCAGAAAUAACCAAUGGUAUAACAAUAAUCAGUGGUGGAAUAGGUACACCUAUAGAUUCUGCUAUUACUGCAUUACAAGUAAAUUCUGCACCGAUAAAAUACUGGACCACUAGCUUUUUAAAGUACUUAAUCAUUCAAAUUAACCAAUAAAAUAAAAUAAAAUAAAACUCCUUAUAUUGUUGUAUUUCCAUAAUGUAUGAUUGUAAUCACCCAUGUAGGGUGUUCCUCUGAGAAGCACUAUUUAUGUUAUUUUAAACUCACAUGCUGCAGAUUUCCAGAUUUGCGGCUCUAUAAUAAAAGAAACAACAAACCACUGAAUAAAAACAGCUGAUUUCUUUAGAGGUUGUGAUGAAGUUUGUGUAUGUUGAGCUAGAAUUUAACCCUCAGAGUGUGGAGGAUAGUCAUCCCUCUUCACACCACGAAAUAAUCUGCUCAAUCUGAAUGAUUUCCGCUUUCAUUUACUGUCUCUGCUUCUGAUAUUAGAUGGUGUAUAUUAUUAUUAUCAUUAUUAUUAUAACGGAUCAAGCUUCAUCUAGGGGUCUUUAAUUGGUACACAAACCACACAUUGCACUUUGUUUCUGCAUUUUUUUGCACUCUGUUCAUGCAAAAUACUGGUAUGACUGACAUAUGCUUUUCUUUUUUACCUUCUACAUCGUCUUUAAUGCUUUUUACUUCGUGAACUUUUUUUUUAAUGUAAAUGUAUUUUAUUUUAUUUUCAUGAUGUAUGGCAGUGUUUUAAACGCCUGUGCCUGCUGCAACCCGAUUUGCCCAUUUUGGGACAUAAUAAAGUUGAAGUGAAGUGAAGCAAACCUUUGAGAUGUGUGACGUACAACUCUACUUAGACAAACAGAUUUAUGGUUUAGAAUAUGAUUUUUGGGGGGUUAAUCCAUCAGCUGACUUCAGAGCAAAGUUGGCAAAUAAUGAGAAAAUCUAUUGAAAUAUACAGAAUUUAUCUUAUUAAAAUUAGUGCAGUAAAUUCUCCUUAAAUUAGAGUGCUUAUGUUAAGUAUAGGCGCCCAUUACUGUACUCAAACAGUGCUCGAAUAAUUUUACAACAUUUCUGCCCAUCGCUGGUGAUAAUCAGUUUUAGUUUAUUUUACUGUCUGUUACUAAGUUGAUGUUUUUCUCUGCACAGAUGGAAGAAAUGUCUGUUUUUCCAAGAAUUUCUCUGAAGCCUGAAGUUUCCAAUUAUCUCAAAGGCGUCUACUUAAACAAAGAGGUAAUGAUAAAGUUAGCACUAGUUUCUUGGAAGCAAAUGUUCCCUUCAAGACAUCACAUGAGAUAAAAAUUCUUCUUUUCUCGCAGAGGAGUGAAGAUCUUUUUCUUACAGUCUCUCAACACUAAAAUGUGUCUUGUAAGACCUUUUCUCUUUGUUUUAUCAUCUCUGUCUGGUUAGGUAUUGGCUGCAGUCGGCCAUCAGGAGGCAGAGUGUCGUUUCCAGAAGCUGCUCACAUGUCUGUCUCACCCUCCGUCGUACACUUGUGUGCGGGUCAACACUCAUCUAGCUCCUCUGGAAGAGAUCAGACACAAGUUAGGUGAAGAGCUGAAAAAGGUGGGUUUUGCUUCGAAUAUGCUCUGUUGUCUCGUGCCAGACACCAAAACUGAUUGUUAAUAUCAGUCAGAUCUUAACCAGUGUGAUGGUGUUGUUGUUGUUGAAGCAGCAGAUGUGCCGCUCAUCAGAAGACGUCCAAGUUCAGAUUUUCCCUCAUCCGCGUAUUCCAGAUGUGCUGCUUCUUCCUGUCAUUGGCCCGAGGUAUGUGAGGAAUGCUGGAGCCGUGUCAGUCCAGUCUGAAUCUGCUUCAUGGAGGACACACUUAGCUUUAAAUUGCUGGAUGAUUCCGACCGCUGGGCGAGUGUUUCCUGAAGCCAAAUCCAGAUACAGUUUCAUGGAACAAUGACAGAAAAACAGAAACUUUUUCUCUCGCAAGACACUUUUUUUCGUGUGUGUUUUGUUCCUAAAGUGAAAGUACUCUGCUGCAGUGACACUCUAAUUAUCAUGACCUCAGGCUCUGUUUUGGGCUCAUGGUUGCAUUUUUGCACAGAAAUAAUUAGAGUGAGCACAGAAAUAUAAUCUGAUGUACCUGCUAACAGACAGUCAAACAAAAAACAGCUUACAAAGGCUGCAGAAAAUGUCCAUAAAGGCCAAAUUUUGCUUCAGCUCUGGGAUCCACAGCUGUAAACAGUCCGAGGAUGUUCCCCAGAGCAGAUUUAUAAUCAAACAACUUUCUUCUGUGUUUUUUUUCCAGACCUGUGAAGCAGCUCAGCUCAGAGCUGGUAGUUGGUGCUCAAUGUGGUAACGCUGUGCUGAGAGGGGCUCAUGUUUUUGCUCCAGGAAUCAUUGCCAGUCCCAAAUGUAAGUUUCAAAUACAAACUUAAGUAAAGUGGAUGAUUAAAACACACUGUUCUGUUAAAGAAGUAUUAGUUAUUAAGCUGUGUGAUGUGUUUCUUGAUUCUCAGACAUGAAGCGAGGAGAUGUGGUGUCCGUCUUCUCUGACUUGGAAGGAAAGUGCACCCGAGCAGCCACCAGCUUUGAGGGAAAGAAAGUGUUUGUGGGAAAUGGAGUCGCUCAAAUGGACCGCUCGAGUAUCUUCUGCUCCGACAAACCCGCCAAGUAUGAAAUUAAUCACCUUCAAGCGAAUGAUAUUUGAUUACAGGGGGGCUAAAACAGACACAUAAAGAAAGUUACCUACAGGAGAUUAAACUAAAAACAAGCAAUAGUAGAAAUGCAGGAAAUGAUGAAAAAGAAAUAUAAAAGUUUAAUAAUUACAGGCAUGAAUUGGGCUAAUAUUCAGCUCUGGUGUUUUUUAAUAUUAAACACAUUUAUUUGUCUUCAAAUGCAAAAACCUUACAGUCUGCUAAAACAUAGAGUUUGCAAACGAGCCAUCAUCAUAUAUAGUAAAUGAUAUCAUGUACAUUGGCUUGCCAUCAGACCUAUUUCUAUCAACAGGUCGAUAUUUAAGUAUUGGCUGAUAUUGAUCCUGGGUUGAUACGUAUUUGUGCAUCUCUGUCUGUCUCUUUUGUUCUAGAGGAAUAGGUGUUCAGAUGAUGGAGCCACUUUACCAGAGUCCUUCCUUUGAUGGCGUUUUACCCAGCCUGGCAUUCCUACAGGUGUUUAAUCCUGAACGGACUAAAUUAUGAGCACAUUUCAUAUUAAUUUACUACAGAAUUCUGGAUUGAGUAAGAUUUGAAAGAGAAGGGUUCACAAUUAAUUUCUUCUACGUCAUGCAGAAUCUUCCCUCUGUUGUCGUGGGACACGUGCUCGGACCUCGUCCUGGAGAGCGGAUCUUGGAUAUGUGUGCUGCACCUGGAGGAAAGACCUGCCAUAUUGCCGCUCUCAUGGGGGAUCAGGUACAGAAUGAAUAAAGAGGCAGAACAGAGUUGGCUUCGACCGUGUUCAUCUCACUCUUAUGGUUUAGUUUGAUUACUUCUUCAACACCAGGGCUUAAAUCAUAAAAACUGAAAUCUGUUGCCUUUACAUUUGGUGUUUUAAAUACUUAAAGAGAAUACGUUUUUUUUCUACCCUAAAAAAUUGUAUUUAUUUAUAAUUUCUCUUGAUUAUGUAGAUGUCCUUUUGUACUUCUGUCUGUUUCCCAGGGCGAGGUUGUAGCCUUGGAAAGGAUCCGAAAUAAGAUGGAUAAAAUCCGCCAAAAUGCAAAACUGCUGCAUUUGCAUUCCAUUAAAGCUUAUUGCUGCAACAGCAUUCAGGCUGUGAGCAACGACCCGGCUCAGGAAACUGAAGGUACAAUGACAAGCAGUUUAUUCAUUCACAUAUUCCUCAAUAAACUAGUUUGUAAAAAGACAUCACAGUGUUCCUAAUUUUUGAUUCAGGACCUCCGUUUGCUCCUGAGAGUUUUGACCGGGUUCUGCUGGACGCUCCUUGUAGUGGACUGGGACAGAGACCCACCAUGGCCAACACCUGGAGCCUGAAGGAGGUCUGCUCAUACCAGCCUCUGCAGCGCAAACUCUUCCACGCUGUAGGUUUCUCCACACACAAACGCACAGUAACCUCUCAUUAUCCAUUUAGCUGCCAGCAGGUUUUGUUUUCCUCUCAUCACUGUUACACUAACUCCUUUUGACCAGUAGAUGGCAGCAUCGGAUAGCUUCACUUGGUGUCAGUAUCUGUGGUGUUUCCCCAAAGUUGCAAAACAUCUCUGCAGAUGAAGGACUUGUAUUUUUUGAGGAUAUAUGCAUGUAUGAAGAAUAGUGUGACAAAUUUAACGUGUAAAAAUUAAUACUUUGGGAAUAAUUAAAGGGAUAUUCCAGCGAAAAAUUAAUUUAGGAUCAAGCACAACAUAACAUCGAGUAAGAUACCCCCUCGAGAGAUGAAUGUUGCAGACUGCUUGCUUCUCUAGUUAUACCAACUUUAAUAAUGACCGCACGAUAGCAAUACGGUGUGUUUGACCCUAAAUUAAUUUUACGCUGAAAUAUCCCUUUAAAAAGAACAAACUUCCAGCAAAUUGAUGCUUCUGCUCUUGUAGCUGAUUCCUCUCCAUAUGAACAACUUUGUCCUUAUUUUACAGUCAAACAUAAUGAUUAUAGCUGCUUUAUGAAUGUGACGUAUGUAUUUGCUGUAUGUGAUUUCAGGCAGUGCGACUGUUGAAGAAAGGCGGGGUUCUUGUUUACAGCACCUGCACAGUGACUCUCGCUGAGAACGAGGAGCAGGUCGCCUGGGCCCUCGACACCUUCCCCUGCCUCAGUCUACAGCCUCAGGUUUGAAACCUCACCGACACAGACCAAAGAGUGUAUAAAAAGAUGGACGACAGCUCCUCAAAACUAACUGGCAGUGGUACGGAUAAACCCCACCUUGUCCAUGUAAACAGAUGAGACAUGGAUUUAACUUUAAAAUCAAAAUGCACACCAAAGAAAAAAAAUCUCACACCCAUGGUUCAUGUAAUUAUGUGCUGCAUAUGCCAGAGAGUUAAUUUUCCUGAGAAGUUAAGAUUAAAAUAGUUAUUUGAAAAUGUGACGAUAGCUUAAAACCCUGUAGUUAGCAGUUUGGUUGACGAGUACAGCCCCUGUGGUGCUGUGUACACGAGGUUGGAAGCGAAAGGAGAAACAGCUAGAGAAAACAGAGACACCAACACAUUAAACUUGCCAUAAACCAACCUGUGGGAACUGUGCAGGUUUAUUGGUAAGUUAAAGGAAUAUUCCGGCGUAAAAUUAAUUAAUUUUACGCCGGAAUAUCCCUUUAAGAAGUGUGUUUAGGUUAACUCCUCCAUUAGGCAAUCUCUACAGAUGUCAAUGCACGCCACAGGGUUAGAGGUGUGUUGUCCAUCUUUGGGAUGGAGUUAAAUAUGGCGAGUUUUGCGGUAAACCUCACAGAAUCCCUCUAUUCUUUUUACCAGGAGCCUCACAUUGGUGCAGAGGGCAUGCUGGGAGCGGGCCUGUCACCUGAGCAGCUGCGCCUCCUCCAGAGGUUUAGUCCCGAGCUGAGCUGGGAUCAGACCGAAACGGCGGCUCCCCAAGACUGCAGAGCUGACAGAGACACCAUCGGCUUUUUUAUUGCUAAGUUCCUAAAAAACUGACCCGAGGACAUGUUUUCUUUUUCCGGCAGCGUCAGGCCUCACACGGGACUGCAGACGGGAACAGUAGUGUUUAUAUUACGCCACUGUGUGUGCUUUGACGGGGCAGUGUUGACAAAGACACUCACUGUUUACAGCAUCUGCCUCUUAACAGCUGCUCUCUGAAACUGCGGGCCAUAUAGGGAUAAGCUUUAUAAACACCCAGGGCAGGAGAGAGAGGAGAGAGAGGAGAGAGAGGGGAGGGAGGGGCACGUAGAGAUGGAGACUGAAUGAGUAGUGGCAAAUGCAGCAGUGCUAGCGUCGCCAUAACAACAGUGACGACACAGCUGCCAUGGUGAUAGCGGAUUGGCUGGAUCUCAGGAUCAGGAAGUAGCGUGCAGAAAGAGGUCAUGAGAGGUAUUAACAAUUUAGUGUCUUUUCGUAGUGAAGGAGAGACAACUGGGAGCUCCAAUUAGUGCCUGAGAGAGAUGAUGCUGUGUGAAGUUCACCAGAGGGGAAGCACAUUCACGUUUUCAUGAUGUAACUUACUUUUAAAUAAAGUUUUUCUAACUUUCUGUGCGUUUUUAAACAUUUUCUGAACACAGGAAAGCAAGUUUGAGUAGCAAGUUUUGAAUUACAGGACUCACCACUAAUACAUUUGGUGCAAACAUAAACGCAGAGAGUCGAUGAAUUUAUUUAUCUGUGCCUGUCAUCUCAAACCUCAAGCUCUUUCUCCUAUUAUGCGGCGUUUUGAGGACUGUCACGCUGACCCUGGCUUAUCCUUUCUUCUUGGGAAAAAUCAUUAGACCAUUGUCAGUCCGUCCACACAUCUGUCUGGAGAAGCCAGCUCUACUAUGUCUGUUUUUAUGUGAGGAGAGACAGCUGAUUAAAUGGCCGCUCUGGUCGCUGCAGCACCAGAGGACGUUCUCUUUAACAUUCAAAUUGGUAUCAAAUCAGCCGCCUCGCUGGGAGAGCUUGUUUGUCUAUUUUGGAGGCGCACGCCUGUGUGUGUAUGUGUGUGUGUGUGCGGUUUCCUAUUUUAGAUGCAUCCCCUUAGAAUUGUCAUUCACGCCGGUGUUGUCAUGACAACUAUGGAGGCAGACCGGUGAGUCUACCUCAAUUUUUCAGUAGAGUUUUCACAUGGCUAUUUAUAGACACUGCCUCCCUCCUCUGGCUGGGUCUCCAAACAAAGCAUGUAUCAAACGGUCCCCCCCUGCACCAGUCCGUCUUUGCCAACUUUAUUCGUCAUAUUUAUGCAUUAUGUACAUACACAUGUACAUUGUUUAAAAAAAACCUGCAAUGCUACCAUUGUAGCAUAGAAACGGAGUAGUUGUAUGCAAGUACAAUUGUCAGGCAAAACCAGAGAGUUUGUACACAGAGGGGCUCAGAUCAGAUUUUCAUUAUCGUAAACACAUAAUCGACCGUGUCAAGGAAGUUUUGGAUGCUCUCACAUGAUCAAACAUCUUGACUCUGAAUGCAAUGAAGUCACGUUUCCACCAAAAUGAAAGCUUUUAAGUCGCAGAAACUACUUUUUGGACAAAUAAAGGGUACUUUCAGUCAGCUGUUUGUUUUCCUCUCUCUUCUGAAUAACUGCAGAGAGUCGGCUGGUGACAAAAGAAAUGAGCGUUGAGUAAUUUUGACGUCUGCAACAUAAACCAGAAUGAUCGUGAGCUGCUGGAUUUUGUCCCCAGAAAAAAAUGCAGAGUUUGACCUUGACUUUGUCUAUACUGCUGUUUUCUUUGUGACCCUAGUUAUGUAAAAUGAAAAUAAAUAAAUAAAUAAAUACUGGUUCUUGGAAACUGACCGCCGUUUAAGCUCAAUCAGGUAAAUUUCUAAAAAGGUCCUGCUCCUGAGGAACAAGCUUUCAUUUUCAUGGUGGUGAAUUACAUCCCAGGAGCCAAUCGAGAUGUUAAUUUGAAGGUCCAGCCCCUUCUAGAAAGGCCGUCUGGUGGAAACGCAACUUUUAUUCCAGUUUAUCAUUAGAUGUUUGAGUCGGUUUGUAAGAUCACCUCGAUGAUCAAUGACAUUCUUUGAAGUUGCUUGUUGAGUAGGAGAAACACGGGAGUUAACAUUCCUUAGAAAAGUGGUCAGAGUUAAAAGAUGAACCUUAGUGGAGUCUUGGCGGGAAGACCUACAGUGAGUUUCAGUGUCAUAUCAAAUAGCUUUCAUCUGAAACCAAUGUUUCAGAAAAAGUGCAGAUUGAAUUUUAAAAAGUGUUUCUGGACCCAUAGAAAGAGAGAAGUGCUGCACGUGAGAGAGGAAGCUUAAAAAGCCGUCUGUGAGGUAAGACUGAGGGGCAGCUGUAAUGUAGUUUUAAAUUCGUGCCAAAUUAAUACCAGAGAUGCAGAACUUUACAACAAUGACACAAGCUAUUAGAGAUGAUCAUUAGCAGUCCAACACUGAGGAGGACUCCCUUUGUUGGGAAAAAACGAGGGAAGAUUGACACAAUUUCUAUUCGUCUGUGGACUAUCUGGCAUUUGAACACGGUUAGGUUUAGUUAGCUUGACUUAGGCAGAGCCAUUUAACCACAACAGUCAAUCUUAAGAUCUAAUGUACAAGUUAAGCUAAAAUCUAUGAAAGAGGAUUAGGGCCACAAGAAGAGAAAAAAUAAUUACAGGGGGGAGAUUUUUUUAAAUUUCCAUUUCGUGAUUAAAGUCGAAUUUUGAGAUUAAAGUCAAAAUUUUAAAAAGGUGAAAAAAAAAAAAAAUCAACAUUGAAGUCAGGAUUUCGAGAUAAAAAAAA